CCGGCCCAUGGCCGCUAGCCACACCAGAGCACAGCGCAGCACGGCACGCCACGGCCGGGCUCUUCUUCUUCUUGCUCUUCUUGUUCUUCCCCGGCGCCAGCGGACCUGCGGGGCGAUCCUCCACUGGCAGGGCAGCAGCGAGGUGUAACUGUAAUUGACGGCGGCAGCAGCGGCGGCAGGAGGAGGAGGAAGCUUUCCGGCGGCGGAGGACCGGGGAGGAGGAGGAGGAGGACGAAGAUGGUGGUUGAGUCCGCGGGGGGAGGCGGAGGGGACUGCCUCAUCAAGCUGUUCGGGAAGACCAUCCCCGUGCCGGAGGCCGCCGCCGACAAGGAGAGCGGCGGCAGCAGCAGCAUCAGCUCCUCCACUGAAUCCGACACCCCGGAGAACGCCUCGGAGCCGUCCCCGCAGCCGGAGGUCGUGGACGCCGAUGACCCCAAGAGCUCGCCGGAGACGCCGCCGCCGACCGGCGCCGGCGACCUGGCCGGGCAGAGGGAGAAGCUCAAGAAGCCCGACAAGGUGCUGCCGUGCCCGCGCUGCAACAGCAUGGACACCAAGUUCUGCUACUUCAACAACUACAACGUCAACCAGCCGCGCCACUUCUGCAAGAACUGCCAGCGCUACUGGACCGCCGGCGGCGCCAUGCGCAACGUCCCCGUCGGGGCCGGCCGCCGCAAGAACAAGCACGCCGCCGCCGCCGCCGCCGCCUCCCACUUCCUGCACAGGGUCCGGGCCGCAGCCGCCGCCGGCGGCGACCCGCUCAUCAAGGCCAACGCCACGGUGCUCAGCUUCGGCGGCCACGGCCACGGCCACGGCGCGCUGCAGGACCUCGCCGAGCAGGAGACCCACCUCAAGGAGAAGCUGCUCGUCGUCCCGGCCAGGAACGCCGGCAACCCGCCGUCGUCGGUGGGUCCGUGCAGCGAAGGAUCGAACAGCACGGACGACAUGGCCGCCCAUGGCGGCGGCAUCAAGGACAAGCCCACCACCGUCGACAGACCUGCAAGCAUGAACAACGGAGCAACCGUGUGGCCGUACGGCGGCUGCGCGCCAUCUCCGGCGGCGUAUUUCCCGUCGGGCAUCGCGAUUCCGAUAUACCCCGCCGCACCGGGUUACUGGGGCUGCAUGAUUCCUCCCGGACCUUGGAGCCUGCCAUGGCCGGUGCAGGGCCUCUCGUCGCCCACCGGUGCCCCUUCACUCUCAUCAUUGGGGCCUCCUGACCCCCUCACGCUGGGCAAGCACCCCAGGGAGGGUGACGAGGGGAGAAGCGCCGUCCAUGGCGGUGGCAAGGUGUGGGCGCCCAAGACGAUCCGGAUAGACGACGCCGACGAGGUGGCCAGGAGCUCGAUCUGGUCCCUCAUCGGGAUCAAGGGCGACAAGGCGAAGCAGGACGGCGCGGACCAUCACGCUGCCGCCGGGCACAAGCACGGCGGAACGGUGUUCGAGCAGAAGCGUGAGGCCAAGAAGCCGGCGAUGAUCGCUGCGAGCUCGCCGCCGCUCCUGCACGCGAACCCCGUCGCGCUGACACGCUCGGUGACCUUCCAGGAGGGAUCUUGAAGCCCAUGGAUCGGCACUACUGAAAUUUUUGUAAAUCAGAGAGAGGAUUGUAAUAUAGGACGUAUUGGGGGGCAAAAGGGAAACAUAGUGAGUGUUUGUGUAAAACAUAGCUACUUGUGGACUUGUAAUAGGCUAUUGGGUUGGAGAAUUAGCAUGUACAGAGAAUUAGCUAUUUGGGUUGGAGAAAGACCAGGAGAUCAAUAUGGCCCCUGGUUGUAGAUAAUAGUAAAUAAAUAAUAUGAAGAAGGAAUAUAUUGCUUGAUCAGGUGUUUCAUUCAUCA